UGCGGUUUCUCAUCUAAUGAUGGUAACACUCUAGCCAAACAUUUAGUAAUAUGUGAUCGUAAAACAGCAUAUAUGUCUACAGAAGAUGCAACUUCUAAUAAAGUGGUUAGAAGUAUGUUGGACAUGUUAGGUCUCAUGAGAAGAAAUCAUGACAAUGAAGAAGAUCAUAACGAUACUACUGAUAAUAAUGAUAAUAUUAAUAAUGCUGACGACGCUGACAAUGCUGGUAAUAAUGAUAAUACUAAUAACAUGGAUAAUAAUGAUAAUAUGGAUAAUAAUGAUAACAUUACAAAUGAUGAUAAUACGGAUAAUAAUGAUAAUACAGAAAAUAAUGAUGAUAUGGAAAAUAAUGAUACUAUAGAUAAUGAUGACAAUAUCGAUAAUAAUGACAAUAUUGAUAAUGAUGUUAAUAUCGAUAAUAAUGCUAAUAAUGAUAUGGAUAAUAAUGAUGAUAGUAACAACAAAGAUGUUAAUCAGACUGAGCAAGUAGUAAAGUCUGAUUACGUUGCAGACAAAUCUGAGGAAUAUAUGGAAAAUAUAGAUUAUGCAAAAGAGCAAAGUGUUGUAGAUGAUUCAUCAAAAUCACAGGAUGAAUUUGAUAAAAUAUGUGAAGAAAACCCCAAUGAGGAUAUUAUGGAAGCAGAUCCUGAACAAUCACAAAGUAAUCUCGAUGCUCCAGUUAUUGACACCGGAUUAUCACUUGAUGAUCUUGCUGCUCCACCAAGUGUACUGCCUGCACCUCUUGGACAAGGAGAACUUGAUAUCAAAGACGACUACCAGAGUUUAGCUACCCCACAAGUUACAAGCAUGGAAAGUAAUAUGGAUAGUAAUGAUUUUGAACCAUUAUCUGCUGGAUCCGAGUUUGAGCCACUGUAAUUUGCAAAAAAAAAAAAUU